AUCGCCGAGGAGCUGUAGAGAAACCAUCCGCCGCUCCUCACCGGACUGGACCCUCCCCUUGUCAUUGCCACCGGGAGAGAUGAGUCGAGCGCGCGGUGUCGGGCUGCAGUCGUGAUGUGACUGUGUGAGCGCACACAACAGCAGUUUGACGACUUUACCGCCCAGAAGGUGAAGACGGUGACAAUUCUGACAGUGUGAGUGCUUUUGUGAAGCAGAGGUGAUGGCUUCGUUUGACAGCGCGCAGCCAACGCAGCAGCAGCAUCCGCGGAGCGAGCCGUGGCCACAGCUGGAAAUGAGGAGCUAUGUCUGUGGGUACCGUGCCUCCGUCCGCCUGUAGUCGACAGCAUCAGUGUGCCACCUCGGUUUGGUGCCUCGGGGGUCUUCGCUAAAAUCCAGCAGCACACGGUAGGCUAUCAGUGGUGCGCACCUACCUGGAGUCGAGGAGAGGUUGCUGUUUAUUAUAAGGCCGGGCUUUCUGCAGCCCACUCCCCGCGCCUGCCUGCUUCCCCGCUUCCUCCGCGGCGUCUCUGUGCCGCGAGCGCUCCGCGCUUUGACUACAUGGCAACGGGCAUAAUAACUAUCACUAGUCUGUUUGCCUCCUGCGGCCAUAAAUACCUUUACAGCGCACACUGAGACUAAAUUAAUCGACGUGAGGAUCUGAACAGUGCUGUGUCUAUGCACCUCAGUUACACCGCCCCGGAAAGGACUUCUUGCCGUUGAGAGCUGGAUAUGCAGAGAUUAACGUGAAAGGAUGGAUCUAAUUAUCUGUGUUUUGGGUCUGCUGGCGCUGAUCGUGGAGGGCAUCCGUUGCCAAGGAGUGUACGCACCUCCAAGCGUCCGCAUUAUCCACUCAGGGCACGCCUGUAAUGUUGAGGAGGAGAGGCACACGGAGAGAGUCUACACCAUCAGAGAGGGAGAGACCCUGGAGCUCACCUGUCUGGUGACGGGGCAUCCUCGACCACAGAUCCGAUGGACCAAGACAGCAGGCAGUGUGUCUGACCGCUUCCAGGACUCCAGUGUUUUCAACGAGACGCUGCAUAUUGCAAAAAUUCUGAGGACCCAGGGAGGUCGCUACUACUGCAAGGCUGAGAAUGGCCUUGGAUCCCCUGCCAUCAAGUCUAUCAGGGUGGACGUGUACUACCUUGAUGACCCGGUGGUGACGGUGCACCAGAGCAUAGGAGAAGCUAAAGAACAGUUCUACUAUGAAAGGACUGUGUUUCUGCGCUGUGUGGCCAAUUCCAACCCGCCUGUCCGCUACAGUUGGCAUCGUGGGAGAGAGGUCCUGACGCAGGGUUCGGACAAGGGAGUGGAGAUCUAUGAGCCGUUUUUCACACAGCAGGGGGAAACGAAGAUUUUGAAGCUGAAGAACCUGCGUCCUCAGGACUACGCCAACUACAGCUGCAUCGCCUCUGUCAGAAAUGUGUGUGGGAUCCCUGACCGCAGUGUUAUCUUCAGACUAACCAAUAAGACAGCCUCACCGUCCAUCAAGCUUCUGGUGGAGGAUCCCAUUGUGGUGAAUCCUGGCCAGACGGUAUCCUUGGUGUGCAUCACCACAGGCGGAGAGCCGCCCCCACUUCUCACCUGGGUCAGCAGUAAUGACAGUUUGCCGCAGAGGAGCGUGGUGAAAGGGGGCACACUCACGCUUCCAGCCAUCACCUCUGAUGAGGCGGGGGUCUACAGCUGCGUGGCCAGCAACAACGUGGGCAACCCAGCCAAGAAGUCUACCACCAUUGUGGUGCGAGCUUUGAAAAAGGGGCGCUUCUGGAUCACUCCUGACCCCUACCACAAUGACGACAACAUCCAGAUUGGACGUGAAGUCAAGAUAUCUUGUCAGGUGGAGGCGACCCCACCAGAGGAGCUGACUUUCAGUUGGCUAAAGAACGGCCGUGCCCUGCGGAGCUCAGAGCGUAUGGUCAUCACCCAGACGGACCCCGACAUCUCCCCUGGGACCACCAACCUGGACAUCAUAGACCUCAAGUUUACUGAUUUCGGAACGUACACCUGUGUGGCAGCGCUGAAGGGAGGAGGCAUCCCUGAGAUCAGCAUUGACGUCAACAUCUCUUCCACAACUGUCCCUCCUCUGUUUUUCUCUUUCUUAGUUCCCCCCAACCUGACAGUCCCCCGGGGCAAGUCCCCCCUGGUGGCCCGCGAGGGUGACACAGUGGAGCUGGAGUGCCUUGUUUCAGGGAAGCCCAAGCCCAUCAUUCUGUGGUCGCGAGCCGAUAAGGAGGCGCCCAUGCCUGACGGCAGCAUGCAGAUGGAGAGCUACGAUGGUGUGCUGCGUAUUGUAAAUGUGUCCAGGGAGAUGACGGGUUCGUACCGCUGCCAGACCAGCCAGUAUAAUGGGUUCAACGUAAAGCCCCGGGAGGCCGUGGUGGAGCUGAUCGUACAAUACCCUCCCACUGUGGAGCCGGUUUACAUGGAGAUGCGUCAGGGCCUGGGGAGGCCUGUGGUGAUGACCUGCAGGGUGCUGCGAGCCCACCCUUCCCGUGUGCUGCGAUUCGAGUGGCUUCUAUCAAACAGACUGCUCCACGCCGGAGCAUUCGAUGCCCAAAGAGACGAAACAGAGUACACAAUCCGCAGUCUGAAUCGAGACGGCUGGGGGGAGUACACCUGUAAUGUUAUCAACGAGGCUGGAGCAGGCAAAUGCACCUUCCAGGUUACAGGCAAGGCCUACCCCCCAGAGUUCUACUAUGAUACCUACAGUCCUCUGUGGCAGAACAGGCCCAGAGUCUACGGCUUCAAGCUCCAGUGGACCCAGAUGAACCCCAACGCUGUGGACCGCAUUGUCGCCUACAGACUAGGCAUCAGACAGAUGGGGUUACAGCGAUGGUGGGAGCAGGAGAUCCCUGUGGACGGAACAAUCAACAAAGGAGAGCUCAUGACACACAACCUGACUGAGCUCAUAAAGCCAGAAUCCUACGAGGUGCGCCUCACUCCCAUCACUCGUUUUGGAGAGGGCGACUCCACCAUCCGGAUUGUCACUUACAGCGCUCCCAUCAACCCUCAUCUCAGAGAGUUCCACUGCAGCUUUGAGGAGGAACCCAUCUGCAUGUUCACCCAGGACAAGAAUGAUGAUUUUGAUUGGACGCGGCAUAGUGCUGCUACCCGCGAUACCAAGUAUACACCCAACACCGGACCCAGUGGUGACCGCAGUGGUUCUAAGCAGGGUUUCUACAUGUACAUUGAGACAUCAAGACCACGGAAGGAAGGGGACCAAGCACGGCUUGUGAGUCCGUUUUUCAACGUAGCACCUAAAAACCCUUACGGUAUCACCAACCCACCUGCGUACUGCUUUGGCUUCUUCUACCACAUGUAUGGAAAACACAUAGGAACACUAAACGCCUUCCUAAAGCAGAAGGGCCAAACGACCUCUGAGGGUCCCGCAUGGUCGCUAAGUGGUAACCAAGGUGACCGCUGGAAGCAGGCCAAAGUAAGCAUCCAUCCAACAGCAUCCUUCCAGGUGGUACUCGAAGGUAUCCGGGGACCAGGCAUCGAGGGAGACAUCGCCAUCGAUGAUGUCACACUGGAGGAAGGGGAGUGUCGAGACCCACCGCCCAAUCUCAGCUCCAAGUCUCUAUCCACAUCCUCCCAUAUAUGGCUGCUAUGCGUCACCAUGGUGAUGACCCUGCUGGAAGGUCAGAGGUGACCCUUCUCUCUGUCAUCUCAGAGGCAAAUAUUCAGACACACCGUCUGUGAACUAUACCCUCGGCAUCCAGUCACCAAAGAUUCAUGCAUCCUGAAAGCAGCAGGGGACCCCUGACAGACCACGGAGGGACCGAAAUUAAUGAAAGAGAGAAAAAAUUGUGAUAAAAAAGUUACACAAAAAGUAAUAAAGAAGCUGCGCAAA